UGUUGCGUUUUAAUAUAUGCGUCACACAUAGCUAUUAUACAGUAACGUGCGCAAUUACAGAAUCUAAGUGAUCUAACAAGUUGAUUAUGAUGAAAUAAUUACUCAUCUGUGUACAAUAAUAAAUUAACCUGUACGUGUAUACUUUUCAUUAACAAUAACGGAAAUAUUUGGCAUGCUUAAUAACGUGCGUACUUGUGUUAUGAGUUAAGUUAUCACUUUGCAAAAAUAGUAACGAUGAUUAGCUAUAAUAGCAUAGAUAACAAAACUGUACUUGACAAGUCAUUGUUUAGAUAACAUUGGUUCAACGGAUUAAAUAGUUGGAUCUUAAACAUAAUUCAAACUGUUUGUGACAAUAUUGAAGAUAGUUCUAAUAACAAAAUAUGAAACCUUUAACUGAUUUGCCAUUAAUAUCAAGAUUAUCAUCACAAGUGAUAAGAAUUUUAGGAUGUAACAGAGGACCUAUGACGUUACAAGGUACAAAUACAUAUCUUGUUGGUACUGGCACCAGACGUAUACUAAUCGAUGCAGGUGAAGAAAAAACUGCCAAUGAAUAUAUAAAACUGUUGCAAGAAGUCUUAAAAAAAGAAAAUGCAACUAUUGAACAUCUAUUAAUUACACAUUAUCAUCUUGAUCAUUUAGGAGGAGUGAAUUAUGUGUUGAAUAUGUUGAAAGCGCUUGAUGUCGGAGGAUCUUCCAGCACUGUAUGGAAAUUACCAAGAGCUUUAGAAGACACAAAGACCACUGAUCUUGAAACAAAAGUUCAGUGGCAAGUUUUAAAAGAUAAACAAAUAGUGGAAGUAGAAGGUGCAAAAAUUUGUGUUGAGUACACUCCGGGACAUACAACUGAUCAUGCUUGCUUUAUGCUUGAAAACGAAGAAAUAUUGUUUAGUGGAGAUUGUGUUCUUGGAGAAGGCACUGCUGUGUUUGAGGAUUUAUAUACCUACCUGACUACUCUAAAAAAAAUGUUGGCAAUGAAGCCAAAAAUAAUCUACCCGGGUCAUGGACCUGAAAUAAAAGAGCCAGAAAUUGUAAUUAACCAUUACAUUAACCACAGAUUAAAAAGAGAGAAUGAAAUUUUAGAUGUCCUUCAACAAAAUACAAAAGAUGUUACAUUGUCUGAAAUGGACAUUGUAAAACAUUUGUAUACGGAUACUUCUCAAGAUUUAUUGCAAGUAGCAGCCUAUGGUGUAUGGCGUCAUCUUGAAAAAUUAUUAAAAGAAGGUAGAGUGAAAGGCGAGAAAGGAAAAUGGCAAAGUAUAUAACAUAAAAUGAUUUUAGCAAGUUAUUUAAUUUAAAAUCUUAAAUUGUUAAAUUAAUCCGUAGUAUUUGUAAAUGUACAAAAUGGAUAAAAUACAGUAUACUAUUGUUUCAUAGUUUA